GUGUGGUCGUGACCUUUCUCCCUCUCCUCUAUCACUUCUCCUUUCUUCCCUCCUUCCCUUACCUCUCCCCCUCGGUUUCUCCCCGCGCGUUUCUCUCAAUCUGUCCUCUUCGUGCAGUAGUUACUACUGUCCUUCGGAAAGUAGGCAGGCGUGGUCUUAGACCAGCAAGAGAGCGAAGCACCAUUCGAAUUCCUUGCCGCCUGAAACCAUGGCCGCCAUCGAAGCUACCCCCAUGCUCCAAUCUCUCCGCCUCGACGCCGCGCUCGCGGCGCCGUCGCGCGCGACCAUCCCCGCCUCCUCCUUCGUCUGCCCGCAGAUUAGUCUCCGCUCGAGCCGCGUCCUUAGCGGUCGACGAGUCGCGGCGGCGGAGCGAUCCGCGGUAGCUGCGCGCGUGCAAGCGGUGGCGGAGCUGUUCCCGUCCGUGGAGGGCGCGGAGGAUGCGGGGGAAGAGGAGGAGGCUGACGUGGCUCCCGUGAAGGCCAAGACGGGGAAGAAGGCGCUCGUGUUUAAGAGGGACCAGACCCGGUCCAAGCGCUUCUUGGAGAUCCAGAAGCUGCGCGACCGCAAUGGCGAGUACGAGCCGGUGGAGGCGCUGGAGAUCGUCAAGGCGACGGCGUCCGUCAAGUUCGACGAGUCCGUCGAGGCGCACUUCCGGCUCAACAUCGACCCCAAAUACGCCGACCAGCAGCUGCGCGCCACUGUCUCUCUGCCCAAGGGAACUGGUCAGGUGGUUCGCGUUGCUGUGCUCACUCAAGGAGAGAAGCAGCGGGAGGCGACGGAGGCGGGUGCUGACGUGGUGGGCGCGGAGGAUCUGAUUGAGCGGAUUGCGGGCGGCUUUCUGGAGUUCGACAAGCUCGUGGCCACCCCGGACAUGAUGCCCAAGGUGGCUCGUCUGGGUCGCCUGCUGGGUCCCCGAGGGCUCAUGCCCAACCCCAAGGCUGGCACUGUCACUACCGACCUUGCCUCGGCUGUGGUUGACUUCAAGGCGGGCAAGGUGGAGUACCGUGCGGACAAGACUGGCAUUGUGCACGUGCUCUUCGGCAAGGCCUCCUUCUCCAAUGAGGACCUGCUCAUCAACCUCGUUGCCGUUGCGAACUCUGUGGAUGCCAACCGCCCACCAGGCGCCAAGGGAGUGUACUGGAAGACAGCUUACAUCUGCGCUACAAUGGGCCCGUCCGUUCGUGUAAAUGUGUCCGCUUUGAGGGACUUCAAGCUGCCCGGUGCCUCUUCGUAAGGAAAUGGUCCAAUGACUCCCAUCCACACAUUCAAGUGCUAAAGAUUGCAAAUUUACGUGGAUACUUUGUACGCGAAUUCCAAAUUUCAAGUAGGUUCUAGAUUAGUCGUUUCGCCCAACAGAGCGAAGUGUACGGUGUUCGCUGUUUUCUUGGCGCGGUGUUCGUGUUUUUUUUUGGGCUCGCAAGCAAUGUAGCCAAUUGUUAGUGUCUGAGUCA